UCCCAUUUACCCUUGCGAGCUUUACGUCGUCGUGCGUCAACUCCCCAGUCCCCCCACCAUCACCGUUCUACAGAGGAAGAAAGGGGGAGACGGGAAACCUAUACUGAACGCCUUCACACAAAUAUGAGCGGCAGCGGGCGGCCCAGGACCAGCUCAUUCGCUGAGCCUCCCGGAGCUCCCGGAUCCGCUGCAGCUGGUGCCGGAUCAGCAGUAGCCGGCGGAAGCUCGUCAGGAAAAACUGGGGCUUCACAAGCCAGUGGAAGCAGCUCGACGAGCUUUGGGAAUUUGAAACUACCUAGAGACAGCGGCAAAGUGACGACAGUGGUAGCCACACCAGGCCAGGGCCCCGACCGCCCACAAGAAGUGUCCUACACAGACAUUAAGGUUAUAGGAAAUGGCUCCUUUGGAGUGGUCUACCAGGCUCGCCUCAUCGACAGCCAGGAGAUGGUGGCAAUUAAGAAAGUUCUCCAAGACAAGAGGUUUAAGAAUAGGGAGCUGCAAAUAAUGAGAAAAUUGGACCACUGCAACAUUGUGAGGCUACGUUACUUCUUCUACUCCAGCGGAGAGAAGAAAGAUGAGGUGUAUUUGAAUCUGGUGCUGGACUAUGUCCCUGAGACGGUGUACAGGGUGGCUCGGCACUUCAACAAGGCAAAGACCACCAUCCCUAUCAUCUAUGUUAAGGUGUACAUGUACCAGCUGUUCCGCAGUCUGGCUUAUAUCCAUUCCCAGGGCGUGUGUCACAGAGACAUUAAGCCUCAGAACCUCCUGGUGGACCCUGAGACAGCGAUACUCAAACUCUGUGACUUUGGCAGUGCAAAGCAGCUAGUUCGAGGAGAGCCGAAUGUGUCCUAUAUCUGCUCACGGUACUAUCGUGCCCCCGAGCUCAUCUUUGGUGCCACCGACUACACCUCCAACAUCGACAUCUGGUCAGCCGGCUGCGUGCUGGCUGAGCUGCUGCUGGGCCAGCCAAUCUUCCCUGGGGACAGCGGUGUGGACCAGCUAGUAGAGAUCAUCAAGGUCCUGGGCACACCAACAAGGGAGCAGAUCAGGGAGAUGAACCCAAACUACACAGAGUUCAAAUUCCCACAGAUCAAAGCACACCCUUGGACAAAGGUGUUUAAGCCUCGCACCCCACCAGAGGCCAUUGCUCUCUGCUCUCGGCUGCUGGAAUACACGCCAGUGACCAGGCUGUCUCCCCUGGAGGCAUGUGCGCACGCCUUCUUUGAUGAGCUGCGUCAGCCCAACACCCGCCUGCCCAGCGGACGAGAGCUGCCGCUUUUGUUCAACUUUAGUCCCGUCGAGCUGUCUAUCCAGCCCCAGUUGAACUCUACACUCAUUCCUCCUCACGCUCGUGCACAGACAUCGCCUGCCUCACAUGAGGGCAGUGUGUCAGACAGUUCCGCCCAGCCCAGCUCAGCACCCGGAUCCAUCAACAACAGCACCUGAGCAUCCAUCCCUCUGUCAUCCUUUCUUUUUGUCUUCCUCAUUUUCCUUUUCUCUCCUCUGCUCUUCUCCCUUUUCAACCUUCCUCCUGGGCUCCAACCCCCCCCCUUAAGAUAGAGAAGAAAUGGCUGUACCACAUAGACACUCGGCAUUGCUUUUCCCCCUGAAUUUUAACUAUUUCUGAUAGAAAAGUGAUUUCUGUGGCUGCUACCUUCUGAGUGGUUUGGGGUUGUUUGGAAGGACAUUGAAGAAGCCACACUUGGACAUAAUAUUAGCUGCAGUUCUAAGUCCAAUGGUGGUACGGGUCUGGCCUGUAGGAGUAAAGAAAUUAAGUGUUGGAUGAGUUGGGAUAUGAGGACGAGGGGUGCUACAUGUUUUGUGGACUUUCUGUAUUCUAAUCUAAAGUGACUUUUAUCCCUUUUAUGUUCCUUUUAUUUGUUUUAGCUAAUUUUAUGUGUGGCUGUGGUGCCAUUAAAUAGGGUCCUGACUGGCCCAGUAUAAGAUAUAUACUUGUAUGGGUUCAAGUGGGGUCCUAAAGUAUAAGGCCUCAUUAUUAUUGACAAUCAUCCUUUAGUAGGGUCACAAAUGGCACACUUGUACUGUACUUUGUUUGAUCGUACGACACACUGUGUAGACAAGUGACUUUGCCGUCACUUCCUACCCUGAACUCUACUCUAGAAUUGUCAGCCCACUCUGCUUAAUGGUUUACAAAUUUGAAGACUUGUUUUAAAUCUCUAUUUGACACAUGACAGGAAAUAUUGGCUGAUUUUGUUUGUGUCAUUUUAGAUGAGAGGUGGUUUUAGAUUUUAUUACUAAAGGGGGGCACCGCCGGCCGUCUCUGCAGUUUCUUUUUUGAUUUUUACCUCCUCAAAAUGCCUUUUUAUGUAACUGAGAGGAACUUUAUACACAGUCUUCAGUUCCUUCAGUAUAAGCUCAUGUUUUCUUUUAUUAAGCUGGAAACCAAGUGUUUCAUUUUAAUUCUAAAGACAUAUUGCACAUCUUCAAAGGGAAUAGAGGGGAAGCAAGGGGCCUGUCUUUCCAGCUGUUAACAUAACUUUACACAGAGGGAGCCAUUGGUGAAGGGCUCCGGUGCUUCAAAACACAUUACCUAGCACUGAACCCUAAGAAGUCCUGUCAUUAAUUAUGUCACUUUAUGUCGUUUACUCUCAUAUCAGAUUGAUUAUGUUGAAGUAUGACAUCAGGACGCUUUGACUGCUCACCUGGCUCGUCAUUGUCAUUUCAGCUAGUGUUCACAUCAUUGUUUGAGGAGAGGAGGACUCUAAAGUAAUUUUUUUUCGUUUGUAAAGACGAUUUGUUGAGAAGUCUUUGCCCCCUCCCAGACAGACUGCCUGUGAUGUUCAUAUCAUGUUCUCUUCUUGUCCUGUGGAGAUGGUAGAAACUGAUCUUGAAUGGCCUGACAGUCCUUUGCCAGCACGGACUUGUUUUCUUUUCGUCCACCACACAAAUGUGCAUGUUCAGCCCUAGUUGACCACACUAUAAGAUUUCAGCUAAUCUCAGUAAUAAUCUGACCAGAAAUUAUGCUUACCUGACAGUUUAUGGAGCCCCCCCCCUCCCAUAUUCCCUUUUUCUCCUCACGCCUUCUGCUUCCCUCUUUUCCUCCUCCUUUUUUCACUGCUAAACUGUAAAUAUCAAGUACCUUUUAUUUUAUUAUUUUUGUUAUUAUUGUUAUUAUAUUGUUGUUCUCGUCAUUUUUUUUUUCUCUAGUAGACCGGCGCAGCAGCUGCCGGACUGUUUAUCCUCAGUCGCAGUCUGUAAAUACAAUUUCAUUUCAUUUCAGUCCCCAGUUCAGGAGGGGAAAAACAGAACAAAAUGUUUCAUUUUUAUUGUCUCUCCCUCCAUUUCUCUCUUCACUGUGUUCCCUUUUCUCCCAUCAAUGUUGUCAUAACUUUUAUUUAUUGUAUUGUUUUUUUUGGGAGGGGCGGGGGGAUUGUUUCUUUUCCACUAGGGUGGCAAAAUUGUGGGAUGUUUUAUGUUUGUUUUUUAAUUCAGAGUUUUAGUCCAGCAAUGUCACAUGCAAAACAAUUUCACAUCCAAGAUACUGUACUCAAAUCCAGAUGUUGGUGUGUGUUUUCCAAUCAUUGGCUGUGUAUGUGUGGGGAUGCACAUGCUAGCCAACAGGUGGAAAUCCAGGUUUCCAUUUAACUUCAAUGUGAAGGGAAUGUUACAAGCGUCUGGAUCUAUGGGGUCGUGGUGUUGGGAGGGAGCACGGAUCACCCUGUGUGUUUGUUUGAGUGUGUGUGUGUGUGUGUGUGUGUGUGGAGGAAAGGGGAAAUAAUGAAUCUGUCCAUUGUCAUGUAUCAUCUCCUGUGUCCGACCGUCUUCUGUUUCCUCUCACCAUGUGUAGUAUGAGUGUAACGGGUCCCACUUGUUAGGAGAGCAUGUUUGCUUCACAGAUCCUUGGGGAGUUUCUCGAGCACAGCUGCAGGGAAUGUAUGUGUGUCUGUGUGUGUGUGUGCGCGCUGGCAGAACGUGGACAUAACUCUCCUGACUCUCCUCAAUGAAGAGCUGACUAUAUGUGCUAUUUUAAUGUUUUUGGUUUUUCCAUCUUCCGAUCUGUCACACUUUUUUUUUUUUUUCUUCAUUUGAUGUGACCCUGCUCUUCCAUCGCCCUUGUCUGAGGGUUACAUGUCAUUGUUGGGGAACAGAACGGUUGGAUAAAGGAGAUGAUAAAGAGAGAGGGAUGGAGGGAGAGAGUCAGUUUUUGUUUGUUGGUAUAAAUAAUUAAACUCAUUAAUAAAGUGAUGAAACUGU